UUGGAUCGUCUGGCUGGACAGCGGGCAUCGGGUCACCAGGCAUCAGGCAUCAGGUCAUUUGGCUCGACAGCGGGCACCGCGUCAUCUGGCAAGGCAGGAGGCACCAGGCUGGGUACAGGCACCAGGCUGAAUAGAGGCAUCAGGCUGAAGGGUGGGUGCCGAGGCACCAGGCUGAACCACGGAAGGCAGGUUCUCAGACGGCAGGCUCACCGGUUUGGAUACUGGCAGGAUGGUAUUGGUUGGAAAGAAUUUUCGCUUUUUUCUGGUUUUAACUACUGGAGCACUGCAAGUAAACGCAGGUCUGCAAACGAAUGGAGCAGCUGGAGACAGAGAAGAACUGGAGGAUGGAACAGGAGAGGGAGCAGUUGCUACAGAGGGCUUUUUUACAGGGUUAAAGGCAGGAUAGGUGCAGCGAGUGGGAACAGGGGACUGACAUGCGGUAGAUAGCAGGGCA